UAGAAUAUCCACCUGCGAAUUAAAGCAUUGAUUAUUGGCUUCGGUAGAAAACAGUUGGAUUGCUCGCUUUUUUGAUUGAAUAGAUUUUAUUGUAGUUUUAUAUUAAAAAGUAUAAUUUAAACAUGCCACAGAAGGGUUGUAUUUGCGAGAUUUGUAGUUGCGGGCGUCACAAAUGUCCCCUGCACCCCACCAGACCCAAAAACGACUUCCAGGAGUGCAAAAUAACCGAGUACAACAACAAGUACCGGGCAUAUGACAUCGGAGCGAAGCCUGAGACGUUCAAGCCGAAACCACAGAUGGUGCAGGACUCCGGACCUCUGGAUGACGCGACAACAUUCAAAACGGACUACAUCAAACACCCGGUGCAGCCCAAGUUUGCGGGCAAGCAUGAUGUGUAUGUGAAGCCAGAUGGCAACAUGGACAUGAUCACCUCCUACUACAAAGACUACCCCCACAAGGCCGCAGACAAAGCAGUCUCCUCUAAACCCCACUACGCAUACCAGACAAGGACGACUACAGGGCGUGGAAAGCAUCUAAGCCAGAGGCGAUCAAAAAAGACAAGAUGUAUGUUCCUCCGAGCGCCACGAUGGAGAAUCGAACCACCAACCGGACCGACUUCGUGCCCCUGGAUCUGCCGAUGACGAGGAGCUUCAAGCCAGAGAAUGUGGCCUCGGUGAACAAGGAUCCCCUGGAUGACUUGACCAAUCACAGGAUAGACUACGUGAAACACCCGAUGGCCGAAAAGGUCUGGCGACCGAAAGAGGAAUACCGUCCGACCAAGGCGCCUCUUGAAUCGCUGACGACAGCGCAAAGAGACUACAUUGGUCACGCUCUUCCGAGACAGGAGAACUUCAAGCCGAAGAACACGGGCGUGCACUCGGAUCAACCUCUAGACGACGCCACCGAGUUCAAGGACAGCUACAAACAGUGGCAGAUGCCCAAAAAAGACACCAGAGUGCGCGAUGCGUAUGUGAAGCCAGCUGGUGUGAUGGACAACACGACGAGUCACCGAAAGGACUUCGUCCAGCACCAGUUGCAACCAGCUAGAUCUCUGAAACCCCAGAACGUCAACAGUGGCAACGACGCCCAAUUCGACGACACGACUACGUUCAAAACCGACUACAAAGCAUGGCAGCCGACAGCCGAGAGACGAGGAGAUCCGAGUCGCAGGAACUACGAGCUGCCGACCGUCCCGUUCGAAGGUAUGCCGACUUACAAGUCGCAUUAUGUGGAACACGGACUGGCGCCCCAGAGGAGCUUCAAACCCGACAACUUUGUCGACGCGAGCAAAGCGCCGUUCGAGGGAAAUACGAGUUACAAAACCGAGUACACGCUCAAGCAAACGGAGCCAUGUCCGGCCUCGAAUCUUCCCGGCCACGGGUACAGACUUCUGGAAACUAACUCGCUCGGACAUCUGGUAUACACCAAGUAGACCACAUAGUAGUAGUUGCUGUAGGGAAAGGGAGCUGGAAACUAGUGGGGUCAAAUAUAGUAGUUAUGUAAGAAUUAUGUAAUCAGGGGUUGUGAAAAGUAAUGUUUAUUGCGUGAUAAAGUUUGAUGAGCAACCUUUUUAAGAAGUCUUAGCUUGAAUUGCCUGUAAAAACUUAAAACUAUCAGAAGAAAAAAUAAAGAAAUUGUCAUUCUAUCAAAUUAUUUUCACAGCCCCUGAACAUAAAGGCAUGACGUUGUCCAAAACCGAUUUGUAUACCCUGUUACUUCUAUCGUAAAAUCUAUAUGGCCAAAUCUGAAGAUUUAUUUUAUUUCGAAAUGUACAAAUUAAAAGUUCGACCAAAA